AUGGGUGCCUGUGCAAGCUGCCUGGGUUGGAAUAGCUCCGAUGAGGAAGAGCGCUCGCGACUUUUGAACGCAGAUGAGGCAACCUACGGUUCGCAAAGCCAGCAUGUACCCGGAUACCAUCCGCAAAUGACAGAUCCUGGUGAUCUGGAACGGGAACGAGAACAGCUGCAGCGAAUUGUAGCACAAACCAACGAGAACUUGAUCGAUAUAUUUGCGUUACAACCUCCAGGUCCCUACGUUGACAAGUCCAGAGUUGAAAUGUUCAAAAUGCUACUUCAACGAACUUCACCUCCCUAUCUUGCUCCAAUGCCCCAGCCUCUUCCUGACGACUCCAUUUCUGCCGAGGAACGCGACUUUAUGGAAACUAUCGGCAAGAUGGCGGAUGACGCCGUCAUUUCCCUUAAGACCAUUAAGGACGUUGGUGAUUUGGUCGUCCGUAUUGAAGUCGACGUCUAA